UCGACCCCCGGCAGCCGCUGCUCCUUCACCCGGUGGCGUUUCGGGGCUGACCCGGCGACAGGAAGCACCCGCGGCUCCUCCCUGUGCCCUCCCGCUCCUCCUCCUCGCCCAUGUCCAUUUCAAGAUGGCCGGGAUCCCUUUGUAUUUUGUGGAUUUGCAGGAUGACUUAGAUGAUUUUGGCUUUGAAGAUUAUGGCCCAGACUGUGACAGCAUGAGGAUAACAGCAUUCUUGGAUAUUCCUGGCCAGGAUAACUUAACUCCACUGGCUCGUCUGGAGAAAUAUGCCUUCAGUGAUAAUGUAUUUAACAGGCAAAUUAUUGCCAGGGGACUUCUGGAUGUCUUUCGAGAUUUCAGUACCAAUGAAGAAGACUUUCUGACUGUGAUGGAAAUAGUGGUCAGGCUCUCUGAAGAUGCAGAGCCAACUGUUCGCACAGAGCUGAUGGAGCAGAUUCCUCCUAUUGCCAUCUUUCUACAAGAAAGUCGACCAAAAUUCCCAACAGCAUUUUUUGAAUACCUUAUGCCCAUAGUAGUGAGGUACCUCACAGAUGUUAACAAUCAGGUCAGAAAGGCAGGCCAGGAAGCACUGCUGAUUCUGCUGGAACAAGAUCUUGUGGCUCAGAGUGACAUUGAAAAUAAGGUGUGUCCAAUUCUGCUGGACCUCUCUGCUCCUGACAGUGAUGAUGAGUACAAGGUGGAAGCUGUCAAUAUAAUCUGUAAAAUGGCUUCUAUGUUGAGCAGAACAACAGUUGAGCACAUGCUGCUGCCUCGUUUCUGUGAGCUGUGCAGUGAUGGGAAAUUGUUCCAAGUCCGAAAGAUUUGUGCAGCUAAUUUUGGGGACAUUUGUAAUGCAGUUGGGCAAGAAGCCACUGAAAGACUGCUGAUUCCCAAGUUCUUUGAGCUGUGUUCUGACAGUGUGUGGGGAAUGAGGAAGGCCUGUGCUGAAUGCUUUAUGGCAGUGUCCUACACCACGUCCCCAGAGGUUCGCAGGAGCAAACUGUCCCCCCUGUUCAUCAGCCUGAUCAGUGACACCUGCAGAUGGGUUCGUCAGGCUGCUUUUCAGUCUCUUGGCCCAUUUAUUUCUACCUUUGCAAACCCUUCAAGUGCUGGGCUGUACAUUCGGGAGGAUGGGACACUGAGUAUCCGACCACCAGCACAGGAUGUGAAUUCCAAUCCCUGUCAGCCAAGCAACAAUAUCACUGUGAUGCCUUCCAGUGCCAGUGCUGCACUGUCCAGCUCAGAACAACCAAUGGAAAUCAAACCAGAAUCAUCGACUGAGCAGACUUCAGCAGAAGUUCAUACCAAGCUCUCUGAGGACCUAAAUAAAAAUUCAUUGGAACAAAGUUCAGAUUGUUGUGCCAGCCCAGGAGAAGAUGCGUCUGCCUUGUGUCAGGGUGACAAAGCUGCUGCUGGUGGCUCUGGAGGCACGAAGGAGAGCAGCGUUCCGGGGCUGGGCUCGGAUGUGUUUAACACAUUCCUGUACUGGCGCCCUCCUCUGCCCGACAUCAGCCACGACCUGGAGCUGCUGCAGUUCAAGGCUGACAAGCACAACGAUGGCUGCUCUGGGCCGUGCAAUAACUGUGUUGCUAGCAAUGAAAUUAAAAAGGUUCUAGAAAGCUUACAGGAGCACAUAGAUGAUCCAGAUGUUCAAGCUCAGGUCCAAGUGCUGUCUGCUGCUCUCAGAGCUGCUCAGUUUGAUUCUGUUGGUGACUGUGACACCAAAAAAAUGGAAGAAAGUGGUGACAAUCUUCAGAACAAAAUGAUUUUGGAUGAAACAGUGGUUUCAGAUGCUGCCUGCAAGCAGGUGCAGGGGGACACUCUUUCAUCCCCUGCCUCCCAGGGUGACAUCAGUGACCAGUCAAGCACCAGUGUGCUGAAAAGCACAGACUCAGAGGAACAACACAGAGGAACCAGUGUCUUUUUGAGGAAAGAGCAAGAAAAUAAUCCACCAUUUGAAGAUGACAAGUCAAAAUUACAGGACAUCAUCCCCCAGCCUUUACUGGACCAGUACCUGUCCAUGACUGACCCUGCUCGGGCCCAGACUGUUGACACUGAGAUUGCCAAGCACUGUGCCUACAGCCUGCCUGGGGUGGCCCUGACACUGGGCAGGCAGAACUGGCACUGCCUCAAGGACACCUAUGAGACUCUGGCUUCAGAUGUACAGUGGAAGGUGCGGCGCACUCUGGCCUUCUCCAUCCACGAGCUGGCCGUGAUCCUGGGGGAUCAGCUCACAGCUGCUGAUCUGGUGCCAAUUUUCAAUGGCUUCCUGAAAGACCUGGAUGAAGUGCGAAUCGGUGUCCUCAAACACCUCUAUGACUUUCUGAAGCUACUUCAUGCAGACAAAAGGAGGGAGUAUCUUUACCAGCUGCAAGAAUUUGUGGUGACUGAUAACAGCAGGAACUGGAGGUUUCGUUACGAGCUGGCAGAGCAGCUGAUCCUGAUCCUGGAGCUCUACAACCCCAAUGAUGUCUAUGACUACCUAAGGCACAUUGCACUGACUCUGUGCUCCGAUAAAGUGGCAGAAGUUCGGUGGAUCUCCUUCAAACUGGUUGUAGCAAUACUGCAGAAGUUCUACACCAACAGUGCCAAUGCCCUGGGAUUGAAUUUCAUCAACGAGCUCGUGGUGCGCUUUCGCCACUGCUCCAAGUGGGUUGGCAGACAAGCCUUUGCCUUCAUUUGUCAGGCUGUAGUAGAAGAGGAGUGCAUGCCUGUGGACCAGUUUGUUGAACAUUUACUCCCCAGCCUUCUAAGCCUUGCAUCAGAUCCUGUGCCCAACGUCAGAGUCCUGCUGGCCAAGGCUCUCAGGCAGACCCUGCUGGAGAAAGCUUAUUUUAAAAGUGUUGGCAAUCCUCAUCUAGAAGCUGCAGAAGAGACCAUUCUAGCCCUGCAGUCUGACAGAGAUCAAGAUGUGUCUUUCUUUGCCACCAUAAAACUGAAACAGGAUAACAUGGACAAUAUCACCAUUGAAAAACAAUGAGUUGUGGUGCAGUGAAGGCUGAACAGCAGGAUGGUUUUUCACCUAGUUUCUGUUAGUGUGAGUAAUGAGGACAGAUAAGGUGGGUUUUGUUACCUAUUUGAGCAGGAAAGGGGCUGUUGAGAAAUGUUGCAGUCUCCAUUUCAUGACCUUGUUUCAUCCACAGCGGUGUGUUUGAUUCCUGUGAGUAAUUCCUUCCUUUUGGUUUUCCCUUCAUAAAUGGAGGUGAUAACUGUGACCUCACCUGCACCUCAGUACUGUCUGUAAAGUCUCACACCACACUCUGUGUUUAAGCAUCAUUGGAAUUUACAUUUCAUUUUUUAAACAAAAUAUUUCUGUUAGUACAAGUUUGCUAUAAGCUUAAAAAGAUUGCUAAAUCUUAAAACCUGAUUGUAGCAAACUUUCCUGAAGCUGUUCUUUCCUCACUUUUAUUAUAAUCUUUGUACUGUUCCACCUACUGCAUUUAUUUGAAAAAAAAAAAAGUGUAUAUAUGUGAAUAGUUUUGAAUUGUAACAAAAAAUUAUGAAGAACUUAAUUCUGUAUCAGUGGGAAUAGCUCAAAAAUAAUUUCAUUUUUUAAAGUAGGUUCACUGCUAGAAUUAAGCAUUAAGCAUUUUUAUGUGUGAUACUUUUCAAAGCACAGAGAGCUCAAGAUUCUUUGUAUAUUGUGAGUUUUCUGUUAAUUUGUUCCUUCUGAGCUGUGCCCUUACAGUGCUGACAGAUCAUAACAGCAACAUUUCUGAGUGCCCUUGCAGGUGCUACAGGUCAGGUUCUGCUGCUGCUGCCUCAACCAGGAGCAGAAUGGAGAGCUCCUAAGUGGAAAAUUCAGUUCAGCACCAGGAGCUGUACAAGGGAAUCACAGGGAGAUCCAGGCCUGGGUCUGUGUGUUCUGCAUGCACACCUCAUGUAACAAACACCUUUUAACCUGCCCACUGCUUAAACCCCAAACAGCUUUUCCUAAGAAACAAAGGAGCUCUAAAUUCUGCAAAACCCCAGUGGGGAAAUGGCUCUGCAGCCUCUGUGGGUUGGAGGGCAAACUCUGGGGCAAACACCAAGUCAGAAUGUGAGGUGAACUGGGAUGGCUCCUGUCUGUUGGAACAGGGGCUUGGAAGAAAGAGCAGAAUUGUGUUAGUCCAGUUGGCCUCAGAAAAAUGGUAAAGCUUCUACUUCUGCUGGACCCUGUCUUCUUUUGGAUCCCAAAUCUGCAAUAAUGUGGGUCCUGGAAAAAAAAAAGGUCUUUUUUAUUUAUUGUGGAUAGAAACUUUGUCCAGCUCAAAAACUAAUGCUUAAACACUAAAGAAAUGCUUUCAUUGCUAACAGUUACUUUCUUUCUGAGAGCAGAAUCCUUUCUCCUCAGCAGACCUGUGUAAAUAUUCACCCUUAUUUCAUGUUCCAUAGUCAGUAGUUCACAUGGGGGAAGGUUUUCACAGAAAUACCUGUUCUGGUUUUGUUUGGAUGUGGCAAUACAGUGAGUAGGUUCCUCAGCUGGCUUCUGUAUUUUGGGAGGGCUCACUUUUGUAUGAGUUAACCAGUCAUGUAUUAUAAUAUGUACAGUAUUUGUAGCAAAUUGUUUUCUUGAAAGAUCACAAAAUGCUGUUUGGAAGUUGCAGGCAGAAAUACACCACUGCUACUGCAGCAAACAGUGUAAACUCUGCAAUAUUCUACAUUUAAUUUUUUACAGUUUUUUUUAUAAUUUAAAACAAAUGCUUCUUCAGUACAGACUUUUUAUGAUUACAAUUUCUUAACAAAAAGACCCCUCAAAUUAAUUUUUUCUAGUUCUAAUAUCUUUUCCUAAUGCUGGCAUUAUACUGAUAUUUUCUAACAGUUCAGAUUUUCUAAAGCCUUUCUGACAAGGUUUCACUUCUGUUUUUUAUUAUCAGUUCAUUAAAUUUCUCAGCACUGAACAGAUUUUUUUAAGCUUGUGUAUAUGUAAGUAUGUUUGAAAUAACUGUAUAUAAAUUAAAUACCCUGAACAUUAACCCAACCCAGGUUGCUGUUUGUCAGAUCACCUUCAAUAAUUCCUUGACUUGCAAUAAUCCACUGGGAAACACAAGCUUCCAUAGGGUUUAGCAUGUUUGGUUACUGUUCAGCAGGAGUUUUUAACUAGGAUGUGUCAAGGGUAAGCCACCAGCUAGAAAAGUUCACUAAAAGGCUGAACCAAGUUCUUUGUUUUUUAACAAUAUUUUGGUACCUCUCUGGCUCCCAAAUUCAGGUUGGUUUUGAACGAGGUGAUUUCAGUCAGGUGUUUAAAACCUCCUGUUACACUCCACAGCUGCAUGUCCUAAUGGGGGCCAGCAUAGCUCUGGGAUGGGGUUUUUGUAGACAAUGUGCAGGUCUGGGACCCAGAUUUACCCUCUGCAAGUUUGUCCUUUUGGUUUAGUUUUAAACUAGAGAUGAUUUCAGCAUGACUAAAGGCUGCACUUUAUGUCUUGUCUAGACAAAUGUAUGCAAUGAGUGUGUUCAUGUGCAGUUCUCUGGGUUGUUUAAAUUAUGCAAAAUAUGUAUUUAAAAAGCCAGGUGGAGCAAAGUUAGGUUAGUCCAUCCACUUUGACAGCAGCAGUAAGGACAUCACUUUUCAGCAUUUCCAGCUAAGGAACAUGACAAUAACAGUAGUUGGUGCAAUAUUGCUGGGAUGCUGUAGGGAAUGAGCCAGCACAGUGAUCCAAAGCAUGUUGGUGAUGUUGUUUAGGUCUGAGCCUCCUUGUGGCCCUGGUGGGAUGGGCAUGUGGCAGCUGUGUCACCACACCGAGGUGUUCAGAGCCCACUCAAGUGGGGACACUCUGGAAGUGUCACCCAUUUGUCAGAAUAAAGAAUCUAUGUAACUUUCUAUUUGUAUUUAUCUCAAUAAAUCCUGUGACUGUUU